UGCCGAGGGACUCGAGCCGCAGCCGAGCUCCAGUGACCGACCCGCCCGCCCGCCCGCGCGGAGGAGCUGGGCGAGGCCGGAGCGGCGCCCCACUGCCCUGGGGCGGGUGAUCGCGGCGCUUGGAUGCCCGGUGCCUAGCGGGGACCCCCGGCCCGGCUCCCCCGGGACAGAGACCCGCGCCCGCCAUGGGAUGCUGCAGCUCGGCCUCACACAGCUCCAAACGAGAGUGGAAGCCUCUGGAGGAUCGCAGCUGCACAGAUAUACCAUGGCUGUUGCUAUUCAUCCUCUUUUGUGUUGGAAUGGGUUUUAUUUGUGGCUUUUCAAUAGCUACUGGAGCAGCUGCGAGAUUGGUUUCAGGAUAUGACAGUUAUGGAAAUAUCUGUGGACAGAAGAAUGUAAAGGUGGAUGGAAUAGUCAAUAGUGGUUUAGACCUCACACAAAAGAAGUAUGUGUUCUUUUUGGAUCCAUGCAACGUAGACCUGGUACAUCGGAAGAUCAAAUCCAUUGCCCUGUGUGUAGCAGCUUGCCCAAGGAAAGAGCUAAAAACUUUGGCUGACGUUCAGAAAUUUGCGGAAUCUAAUGGAUCAAAUUUAUGUAGCUAUGAACUACAGGUAUCUGAGUACACUAAAAAUUCACAGGCCUCUAAGCUUUGUCCUAAGCUCCCGGUUCCAGAGAGUGCACCUAUUCCAUUCUUCCAUCGCUGUGCUCCUGUGAACAUUUCCUGCUAUGCCAAGUUUGCAGAGGCCCUGAUCACCUUUGUCAGUGACAGUAGUGUCUUACACAGGCUGAUUAGUGGAGUUAUGACCAGCAAAGAGAUUAUAAUGGGACUUUGCUUGUUAUCACUAGUGCUGUCCAUGAUUUUGAUGGUGAUAAUCAGGUACAUUUCAAGAGUGCUGGUUUGGAUCUUAACAAUUCUUGUCGUUUUGGGAUCACUUGGAGGCACAGGAGUAUUGUGGUGGCUGUAUGCUAAGCAAACAAAGUUUGUCAAUGAAACGCUUACUGCUGAUCAGCUUCAAGUAGCCAAAGACAAUCUUCAGGCCCUCCUGGUCUAUGCCAUUUCAGCGACUGUCUUCACGGUUAUCUUGUUCUUGAUCAUGUUAAUUAUGCGCAAGCGAGUAGCUCUCACCAUUGCCUUGUUCCACGUGGCUGGCAAAGUUUUCAUUCACCUGCCACUGCUAGUCUUCCAGCCCUUUUGGACUUUCUUUGCCCUCAUCCUGUUUUGGAGCUACUGGAUCAUGGUCCUGCUUUUCCUUGGCACGACAGGUAGCCCUGUCCUAAAUGAACAAGGGUUUGUGGAAUUCCGGGUUUUGGGCCCUCUACGAUACAUGUGGUGGUACCAUAUGGUAGGGCUGAUCUGGAUCAGUGAAUUUAUUCUAGCAUGUCAACAGAUGACUGUAGCCGGGGCUGUUGUGACAUACUAUUUCACAAGGGAGAAAAGGAAUCUGCCAUUUACUCCUAUUCUGGCAUCAGUAAAUCGUCUUGUCUGUUACCACCUAGGAACAGUGGCAAAAGGUUCUUUCAUUAUCACAUUAGUGAAGAUUCCACGAAUGAUCCUUAUGUAUAUUCAUUCCCAACUCAAAGGAAAAGAAAAUGCCUGUGCUCGAUGUAUGCUGAAAGCUUGCAUCUGCUGCCUUUGGUGUCUAGAAAAGUGCCUGACUUACUUAAAUCAGAAUGCAUACACAGCCACAGCUAUCAACAGCACCAACUUCUGCACCUCAGCAAAGGAUGCCUUUGUCAUUCUAGUGGAGAAUGCUCUGCGAGUGGCUGCUAUAAACACAGUGGGAGACUUCAUGCUGUUCCUGGGAAAGGUACUGAUCGUUUGCAGCACAGGCUUGGCGGGGGUUAUGUUGCUGAACUACCAGAGGGAUUACACAGUGUGGGUGCUGCCUCUCAUCAUCGUCUGCCUCUUUGCUUUCCUGGUUGCUCACUGCUUCCUGUCAAUUUAUGAAAUGGUCGUGGAUGUCCUCUUCUUAUGUUUUGCCAUUGAUACAAAAUACAACGAUGGAAGCCCUGGUAGAGAAUUCUACAUGGAUAAAAUUCUCAUGGAAUUUGUGGAGAACAGUAGAAAAUCAAUGAAAGAAGCUGGCAGGGGAGGUGGAGCUGAAGGCAGAGAGCUAAAACCAAUGGUAGGUGCAGAUGAGGAGGUGGCCAUCCUCCAAGAAUUUCACUUUUACUUCCUCUCCCUCUCUGUCUUUACUGACUGCACUUCUUCAGGGGAAGUUUUUGUUCUUUGUAUCACUCAAGAUGUUCUGCUUUUUCUGUUUGUGAGCUUGCCUAUCACCUGGAUGGCAGAGUUUUUGUCACAGCUGAGACCAUCUCCUGUAAAAGUAAGCUGAAAGGAACUGUAUCUUGUGACAUAGAACUACAGUGGAAGAGUCAGUUGAAUUAGGAUCAGGAUUGCAGCAGUGCCCACAACAUGCUAGGUGGUACAUACAGAAGAUCUGUGGGGCAGGGAGUGUAAUUAAUUACUAUCAUAGCCCAACUUACUCCUCUUUCCAUUGGUGAACUAAAUUCUUAAUUUUGCAUUCAGCAUAAAAGCCUGAAGGACACUUGUGAGCUGUAUCCUAAAACAAUGGGGCCAUGCACUUCAGGGGCAUACCAAAUUAUGUUAAACUGUGGCGAGGGAUUGGAUACAGUGAUUCCUUUCAACCUGCUUAAAAUAACAUUUCUCCCAGUUGUUUGUUUUUUAUUGCUAACUAUUUAUGUUGCUGUCUCUUGCGCUCUCUAUUUCCAUCUCACAUUGUCAGAUACAGGGACAAUGCAUCACUUAUGCUUCUGAAGUCUUAACCACCACCUGUUUUCACUUACGCUGUGCCUGUUUGAAAGGCAUUGCAUGUUUAAGUAUCCUGUAAUAAGGAACAUCUGUAACUAAUACAGAUAAUGGAGUUCUCCAUCUUGCAAGGUGAGCUUGGGACUCGGAGAACUGGGAGCCAGGCUUUCUGUGUAUAAAAGAUGGGCAGGUAUGACUGAACUAGGUAGAGAUGAGUCUGUUAAUACUGACACUAGAACAGUGCCAUAGGGUAUAGUGGGGUUUAUGUUGAUUCCUCCAACAGUAGGUAGUAACGCUCUUAAAUCAUAAAAAGUUAUGAAAUCCAAAUACAUUUCCGUAUAGUAGAAAAUUCCUUUUUAAUAUGGCAUAUAUAAAGGCAUGCUGUGCCAGCACUUUGAUCUAGAAAGAUUGAAUUCCUGCUCUCUGAUUAACCCUGGAGCUGUGAGGAGUGUUAUGCAAAGUUAUGUAUACAAUCAGUUCUAGCAUAUCCAACCUAGAUUAUAAAUAGUCUUUCAUUAUUAUUGGGAGGAAUAGCUCAGUGGUUUGAGCAUUGGCCUGCUAAACCCAGGGUUGUGAGUUCAGUCCUUGCGGGGGCCAUUUAGGGAUCUGGGGCACACAAAAAAACCAAACUGUCAGGGACAGUAUUUGGUCCUAUUAGUGAAGGCAGGGGACUGGACUUGAUGACCUUUCAAAGUCCCUUCCAGUUCUAUGAGAUAGGUAUAUCUCCAUAUAUAUUAUAUUAUUAUUAUUAUUUUAUUAUGGGUGCCAAGAUCUCAUUACUGUUGUCGUCUCUAGAACUGUGCAGAGUAAUUCCCAUGCACAACUUCCACAGCGUAUAGACACUUAGUCCAGUGACAGUGGUUUGGCUCACUUAUUGUGACCUGUGUGGUUUCGUUCCCUUGCACAGUCUUCUGAAAGGCCAACAUUUUAGCUAUGACUGGCCUUUCUCCACCUUAAAGUAUUUGUUAAAGCAUAAGUGCUGUUGUAUAUCUAAAUAUAGGAUAAGAACGUUUUCAUAUGUAUGAUCUACCAUUUCCUUCAAGGAGUAAUUCCAACUAAGUGAACAUUAGAAGCUACUGCUGGGAUUUUCAAAUCUAUCUAAGGGUAUUCACAGCUCCCAUUAAAAUUAGUGGGAAUUUGCUUAGAGGAUUUGGACAGCUGCCUUGAAAGUCCUAACCUAAAGCUUUUUACUCCACUCCCAGUUCAGAGUACUGCUUUACAUCAAGUAGUGUCCUAAGAACAUCCACCUUAUAGCUAGUGCACACUGCGAAAGAUGCUAAAAGCUGUUGGUCCAGCACUUUGGGGCUUCAGCUCGGUUCCUCAGCCGAAUUUGGGUACCUGUGAAGACAGGCUGAGCAUCCACACUGCCACAGCCUUCAGAGGGAAGUCAGGCCUCUUGUUUAGGAACCUAACUUUAGGCCACUCAGGUUUUGAAAUUUAUCUUUUAGUCCCUUACAGAGGAUUGCUAGAGAGAUGGUGCGAGCCUGGGACAGGAAGGCAGGAACUCCUACAUUGUAUUUUCAGUACUGAUGCUAACUUGGUUGCCUUCCACAAAUCAUCGGGCCAUAUUUUCUGAAGUGGCUUCCAAAUUUUGGGUGCCUAAUUUCAGCUGCAGGGAAUCCAGACAAGCAGGACAACCCUCAUAUGAAUAACAAGAACAUGCAGAGCUCUAGUAGUUAGUGCUGACCUUUCGGAAAGGAUCUAAAACCUCAUGCCACAGGGUUGAAGCUCAUCUCUAACUAUUAGAGAGUAGGAUAAAAGCUUCAUGUGGGGGGCGGGCAGAUUAUCCUACAUCUGCCUAAUGUGAAGUUUGUUGCACCUUUCUCUGAAGGCCAUUAUCAGAGACGGUACUGGACAAGAUGGACCAUAGUUCUGAUCUGAUCCAGCAUUUCCUCUCUUCCUAAAGUUGAGUACCCAAAAAUUAAAGGCCACUUUGGGGAGUUUGGGCCUUCACUGCUUUGCCUCGGUUCCCUCAUUUAUAAAGUAGAGGGAAUCUCUCUCAAAAGUGUGGAGGAUUAGUUCAGAAAUUUAAAUGGCUACCUAGAAUUACACUUCUUAAAAAUCUGAGUGGAAACAUUUAGGAGUUGUCAUUUCUAAAGAGACUGUCUAGGUUCAAGAACAAGGCUUUUCAAACUUUACUAUUUGUAGUGAUCCUUUUGGAUCAAUUUCUUCAAUUGUCCAUUGACAUGUGUCUAAGACUG